ACAGCAACUGUAAAAGUAUAAAUAAUAACAAAUUACAAAAGAAAGACAAAUAAUAGUUAUAAAAUUUGUUCGUCCUGUGUGUGUGUGUGUGUGGAUUUCCCUGUUAUUACCUUACCUGUAAUUAAGGCCAUCAGGUGGUGUCAACAGUGUGCUGGGUGUCCUCUUAGUUGGACAGAAGAAAAAAAAAUCGCAAUAUAUAUAUUUAAAAAAAAACAACAACGAACGGGAUAAAUCUGUUGAAACCGCUUUUUGAAAACUGAUCAAAAUGUCGCUGAUAGAUGAUUCCCAGCAUGCGGUGGAGAGUCUUCGAAGUAUUGAAUCUAAACUUCAUUCCCAAGGUAUCACCAAUAUGAACGAUGACCUGACAUCAAUGAUUUGCAUGCUUGGAAGCCCUGUAUUUCAACAGAUUAUCAAUCUAUUAGAUUCCGUUGAUGAAUUAACACAAGUAUUAGAGACUCAACCAAUCCCUGAUGAUUGCUACAGCUUCACCAAAACUGGUGAUUUGGUUCUAAAUCUUAAUGACAAAGCUAUAAGCAGUCUCAAAUGCAAUACUACACUGGAACUACCAGAUAGUUCACACCCAACUGGAACUAUCAUCACCGAAGAAUACAAACAGGAAUUUCAGAAAGCCAUUGAAUCAGCAGCCAAAGGAAGAUCCCUUGUUCAUAUUAAAUUAUACAAACCAGAGAAUACUGGAUUAGGAUUUGGAGUAGUUGGUAUGAAAGAUCCUGGCAAAGAUGAUUCAGUAAUUUAUAUCAAUGACAUACAACCUGGAAGUGUUGCAGCAAGAGAUGGAAGGCUACAAAAAGGAGAUCAGAUUUUGGCCAUUGAUGGUCAGCCAUUAGACUUCUCACACAAAGCUGCCAUACAGCUUUUGAAGAGCGCACGUGGCCCGGUUGAACUGGUGGUUGCACGGAGCCCUCCAUUAGAGAGCAGUGCUGCUUCGAACAACACAGUCAGCACUGCCCAGGCUGCUCCUGCAUCACCAGUCGACAAAAGACAAACACCACCACAACGUGAUUCACCAGACGUUUUGGAUCAGACUCUCACACAAAGCAGACAGGAAACUUUGAAAUUAUCUAAUGAGAACAACACUACAGUUCUUCCUUCACAACAUCGCAAAAGUUCUAACGAGAUGUUAAACACAGAUUGGACUCAAAUUGAGGUCAUAGAUUUGGUUAACGAUGGCACUGGAUUGGGGUUCGGAAUCUUUGGGGGCAAGAGCACUGGUGUUGUGGUUAAAACCAUUUUACCAGGUGGUGUCGCAGACAACGACACCCGGUUACGCAGUGGGGACCACAUAUUACAAAUAGGAGAUUUCAAUGUGCGCGGUAUGAGUUCAGAGCAGGUGGCAUCUGUACUUCGCCAGUCUGGCAGUAAUGUCCGGCUGAUAGUUGCACGGGCCAUCAAUGAACCAACACUGCAGAUCAACCCCUCUGCUCCCAUCAUUGCUACUGUGCAGCUAGAUGAGCGUUUGCAACAAAUAAAUUCAGCCCUCUCUUCGGCUGAAGAUCUUGACAUGACAAAAAUAAUGAAGAACCAACACCAGAUUCAGGAGAGGUUGAUUGCUGAAUCCCAAAUGGAGAUGACCCAGGAAUCCGACUCUGAUCUUCAAGGGUUUCUUGAAACUGUUCAAGUACAUGAGGCUCGUGGGGAUGCAAAGUUCCUGCUCCCAGCCUCCUUCCCCCUUUCUCAGCCACCAACCAUUGAAAAUGUAAACGAAAGUCCAGAGAUGGAAAUGUUUGACGUGCAACUUGUGAAGGACACCCGCGGUCUGGGUAUUACUAUUGUCGGAUACGUUGCAGGUGGAGGUGCUCCAGAUGAACUGUCAGGAAUAUAUGUUCAAAGUAUAGCUGAAGGCAGUGCUGCCCACCUUGAUGGAAGAACCCAAGUCAAUGAUCAAAUUAUUGAGGUUGAUGGGAAAUCUCUGAACGGCUUUUCGAACAGUGAUGCCGUGAAACUUUUACAGCAGACAGAUCGCACUGUUAACUUAAAACUCAUUCGUUAUAAGCAUGGAACCAAGUAUGAACUACUGCAGCAAUAUCUUGCUCAAGUAAAAAAUAAAGUCAAUCUUGCUUCUUCUGCACCAGCUCCACAUUCUCCUUCAAAUAUGGCUGUGAACCUUGUGUCUGAUGGUGCUGAAAAACAGCUAGACAUUAACCAGAUAGAUCUUUAUGCCGCUGAUCCUGACUAUAGUGGUGAUUUGUUGCCUGGAGUGGAGGCGGCAAUUAAAGCAACCUGGGAACCAAUUGUUGGCAAUGAUUUUGAAGUUGUGGUUGCUCAGCUAUCUAAAUUUCGUGAAGGAGGAGGUCUUGGUAUCAGCUUAGAAGGUACCGUAGACGUGGAGAAUGGUGUAGAGAUGCGACCGCAUCAUUUUAUCCGAUCAAUACUUCCAGCUGGUCCUGUCGGUUGUAAUGGUCAACUCAUCAGUGGGGAUGAGCUCCUUGAGGUUAAUGGUAAACGCCUCCUGGGAUUGAAUCAUAAAGAGGUUGUGAGUAUAUUAAAAGAGCUGCCGCAACAUGUUCGGUUGGUCUGCGCUCGUCCAAAGAAAAGUAAAUUAGAAAACUUUGCCAGCAAAGAACAAGAUGUCUUUCAAAGCCCUUCACUACUCAAUUCUGGAGUGAUUCCCAACUCACCAUGUACAGACCGGCUCGUAAAAGCUAAAUCAGAAGUUACAUUAACAUCACAAGAAUGGACUGCUGAGAAGAACCUCCUAAAUCGGUCACGAUCCCUUGAGCCCUUAACGGGGCUUGCUAUGUGGAGUAGUGAACCUGUUGUUAUAGAAUUGAAGAAGCUUGACAAAGGCCUUGGAUUUAGCAUUCUUGAUUAUCAGGACCCCGUAAACCCUGCUGAGACAGUAAUUGUGAUCAAAAGUCUUGUCCCUGGUGGUGUGGCACAACUGGACGGGCGGUUGUUACCAGGUGACAGGUUAGUUUUUGUUAAUGACGUCAAUUUGGAACAUGCUACUUUGGAUGAUGCUGUCCAGGCACUGAAAGGGGCUCCAAGAGGAACUGUUGUCAUCGGUGUAGCAAAGCCAUUGCCGUUGUCGGCCAAUAUACCCCCAGCAGAUCAGGAUAUCCUGUAUUUAAAUGCACCACUUGUUCCACUGAGUUCUGCACAUGCUAUUUCCAACUCUGCAGUCCCUUCAUUAUCAUCAUCCUUAUCAUCACCAUUAGCAUCACCACGUGCAUCACCUACACUACCACCACCAUCACUAUAUACUGCUGCUGCUAGUACUGCUGCUGCUACUACUACUACUACUUCUACUACUACCAUUACUGAGGCUACUGUUGAUGUUGAUGUUGAUAUUGAUGCUGAUGUUGAUGUUGAUGCUUCUGUUACUUCUGAGCAGCCAGUUCUGCUAGCUGCUGCUGCUGCUGCUCCUACUUUUGAACCAACUGCUAGCUUAGAAGAGAAUUAUCAGGUGGUCAACACUUUGGAAUUUAGAGAAGAAAGUAAUGUAAUUGCAGAGUUUCCAGACAAAACUAAAUCAGUCUCAUUACAAGAGCCUCUGUACUCAUAUCCAGAACUGAGUCCUGAUCUGCUAACUCAACCUUUGAAACCAGCUCUCCCUCCAAAGCCUACUGAUAUUAAGUUGGGAACUGCCAAAACACAGAACUUGAUCCGCGAGGACAGCUUCUAUGAGGACGAAGACUUAAUAACAGCUACGGUGGUAAAAUCAAACUUGAAAUCACCACUCAUUGAAUCUGAGGUGGAAUCACAUGAAACUGAUUUAAGCUUAUCGUCUAAACACUCUGAAGAUGAGUCUCCCGAUGGCAUUUCUGAGGCUCAAGAGGCUUCUUUAGCAUUAAAUCUCAUUGAUAAUGAGGAGAAAGCUUCCAUAGAAACAGACAGCUUUCCUUUGUCCCAAUUCGGUGGUGUUGUUUCUGAGUCUAUUCACAGCAUUGAUGUUGCACAGGAAUUAUGCAAAACAAAGAGUGAGAUUCCACCAGCCUUACCAUCGACUCCUCCACCCUUGACACCCCCUCCUUCCCCUCCCUUGAGUACUCUUGAGAACACUGAAGACCAGAUCACACUCGAAGAUAUGAAGGUAAAUCUAAAAGCUCAUAUUGGCCACAAAAAGUCUGAAAGUGUGGAUAGUUCAUCAUCCGAUCAUUUCACCACAAGUGACCUUAAAGCAUUUUCAUCACCAUCAUCCACACCACGCACAAUGUCUCCAAGAAUGUCACCGCUUCCAUCACCAAUUUCUUUACGAUCAUUAAGUGGCUCUGUCGACUCCUUACCUGCUUCACUGGAGAAAAACAUCAAAGUUCAGAAAGGACAGCAGCAUUUAGGUAUUACUGUAGAUGCUGUAGAUAAAGGACUAAAUGGUUGUGUGGUGAAAUCAAUAUCACCAGAUGGCGCUGUCAGUAAAGACGGACGUAUUGCCGUUGGUGACUAUAUUGUGUCCAUCAACAAUGAAAACAUGCGGAGGGUCACCAAUGCUCAGUCACGAGCAAUUCUUCGGCGUGCGUCACUACUUGGGAUGGAUAUAAGUAUAAACUACAUCAAUGCUUCUGAUGCAAGUAACUACAAAAUGACUGCUGAAAGUCGGUCAAAACAGGAACCCAGCCCCACACAUCAUUCUGCAAUGCCUUCACCUAAGAUCUUUCCAAAACAUUUCCGUUCCAAUUUAUCUCCAAUACACAUGUUUGGUCACGGCAGUACGGAGGGGCUUCGUUCUGCUUACACAUCACCAUCACACAGUCCACUUCAUCUGGGCGAAGUAAAACCCGCAAGUGCUCCCACAUCUCCAAUUGUACCCAUCACCUCUAAAGGACAAGGACGCCAGAUGACACUAUCGUGUGAUGGCUCUCCAGCCACUGGGGACCACACAUGGAGGGCGCCACGUGAAGUUACUCUUGAGCGAGAACCUGGCAAGAGUUUAGGCAUCAGCAUUGUGGGUGGAAGAAUCAAUGUGCCUCAUGCUUCACCUGAACAAAUAAUGUCAGGUAUUUUCAUAAAGCUUGUAAUGAAAGAUAGCCCUGCUGGCAGGGAGGGCUCGCUUCAAACUGGUGAUAGAAUAUUAGAGGUGAAUGGAAAAGAUCUACGUGAUGCUUCUCAUGAUGAAGCUGUUGAAAUUAUCAGGAAUGCAACGAGUCCAGUUCAUUUCUUAGUCCAAAGUUUAACAGAUACAUCAUGUAUAAAAUACAUGCGUGUCAAUUUGAAUAAAAAGCCUUUAGAUGUGGAAGACCGCCGUGGAGUGUCACCCACUCCUAAGAACACAGACUCCUCUUCACAAAUGACUGCCAAGUCACUCACUGAGCAUCGACACACUUCGGUUAUAGACGGGCACUUACGUCAAGUCUCACAUUUAAAUCUGCAGGAUUCUAAACUUGAAGAUGGAGUUUUUGAUGAAGAGGAAGAACAAGAGGAUGAAUACGGUUAUACGUUAAAAAAGCUUCAGAACAAAUAUAUUGAUUUAACAGGAGAAAUCUUUUUGGUGGAUUUGAACCGAGGCAAUAAUGGGUUAGGCAUCAGCUUAGCUGGCAAUAAGGACCGAAGCACAAUGAGUGUCUAUGUUGCUGGUGUCCAGCCUGGAAGUGCCGCUUUCAAUGAUGGUCGCAUAAGAGUUGGAGACGAGCUCUUAGAGGUGAACGGACAAGUUCUCUAUGGCAGGAGUCACUUAAACGCUUCAGCUAUCAUUAAAGGGUUAACGCAACCUGUACUGAAAGUGGUCUUAUUAAGGUAUGAAAACUACCUUGACCAUAUGGCUGUGAAGCCUUUGAAACUUUUACCCACCACAACAGUUGAAGAUCAGAAUGAAGAUCAUCAUUCAAGCCAGGAAUCUCGACCGCCAUCAUCUAUUGAAAUCAGGGUACCAAAUGUACCGAGUGAAUAUGCCUCCCCUGUAUUACAAGAUGCAAUCCAAGUCAUUGUGUUGAACAAGGGAUUGGCUGGUUUGGGAUUUACAAUUAUGGAAGGCAAAACAAAACCAGGUAUAUUUGUGAAGUCCAUAGCACCAAGUGGUCCUGCCUCUCAGGAUGGCCAGUUGAGUGUAGGAGAUCAGAUCUUGGAGAUAGACAGACAUUCAGUGGAGAAUGUUGAUUACCACAAGGCAAUGGAGAUUUUGAGAAAAACACAAGGAAAAGUAAAAUUAAAAUUCAUCCGUAAAGCAACAUUUGGAGGUCACAGAAACGAUGUUAUAUCAAUUGGUGGUGCAUGUGGUGAUUCCAGCACUGAUCCACGGGCUUCUUCCCCUAAAACAACAGGGCCACCAUCCGAUCCCUUAACGUGUCCCGUUGUUCCUGGAGAAGAAACUUAUAUUGAAAUUGACAAAGGCUAUUGUGGUCUUGGUCUAAGUAUUGUUGGUGGUUCCGAUACUCUGUUGGGCUCAAUUAUCAUUCAUGAAGUAUAUGUAGAUGGUGCAGCACAUAAAGAUGGAAGGUUAAUGGCUGGGGAUCAAAUACUCGAAGUUAAUGACGAAGACCUUAAAGACGCAACUCAUGAGAGAGCAAUUCAAGUUCUCCGCCAGACUCCGACACUUGUGAAGCUAUUAAUCUAUCGAGAUAACCAACUGACAAAAGAAGAAGAUAUUUAUGACAUCUUCAGUAUCGAAUUAGUGAAAAAACCUGGUAAAGGACUUGGCCUCAGUAUUGUUGGCAAAAGAAAUGAUGUGGGUGUAUAUAUAUCAGACAUUGUCCGUGGUGGUGUGGCUGAAGCAGAUGGCCGUUUGAUGCAAGGUGAUCAAAUUUUAAGUGUAAACGGAGAAGAUAUGCGCCAAGCAACGCAGGACCAUGCAGCUGCUGUGCUGAAAACACUUAUGGGGAAAGUUGUUUUAACAAUCGGACGCUUAAAAGCAGGUUCUCGGACAUCUUCAACGCGCAAUUCAGGUACUGGGGGAAUGCGCAAAUCUGAGUCUCACACAAGCGGUGGCAAGUCAAAAGGCAAACACAGCAGAGUUACCAGUGAAGACAUUUCCCAUGUACGUAUAGUAGAAGUGGCUCAUGACAGCAAUGGCUCAUUAGGCUUGAGUAUUGCAGGUGGAGUUGGCAGUACACUAGGGGACACACCAGUUGUUAUAACCAAUCUAUAUGCUAAUGGCCCUGCAGCACUUACAGAAAAAUUGAAGAUUGGUGACCAGAUAUUGGCUGUCAAUGAAAUGUCAACUAAGGGUUUGACCCAUACAGAAGUGGUUAAUAUGCUGAAGGACACCUCUGCCCCUGUCAUCCUUACUGUAACCCAUGCUGGUGACAGGAUUAAGCAAGGUCGUAGUAGAAGUAGACUGAGAGUCCCAGGAGAAGAUAGAAAAGUGAACGUUAACGGUCGUUCACCUUCACGUCCACCUAGUGAAACAGCGUCGUUCACUGACGAAGCCAUUGAAGAACUUUUAGAGAGUCAUCAAUUGGAUGAUCAGAUAGUACGGUUAAUUGUGUUGGAACGAGGAGCAGAAGGUUUAGGAUUUUCAAUAGUUGGCGGUCGAGGCAGCCCACAUGGGGAUUUACCAAUCUAUGUGAAAACAGUGUUUGCAACAGGGGCUGCUGAAGCAGAUGGGCAACUGAAGCGUGGAGACAGAAUUCAUACAGUAAAUGGAGUCAGCCUCGAUGGUGUUACUCAUGAAGAAGCAGUUUCCAUUUUGAAGAAUGCACAAGGGAAAGUUACACUCACAAUCACCUCCUAAAAGAUAAAGCAUUAUAUAUAUAUAUAUAUAUAUAUACACACACACACACAGGCACACACACACAUACAUAAAAAUGUGAAGAAAUAUCCAUUUGUUUGGAGCAUUAUGGACCAUGCUUUAUAUGUUUUAGUGGGGGAGGGGAAAAUAACCAAUGGAGAAAUCAACAAUAGAAAAAUUAAAAAUUAUUCACAUAUUAACUAAAAAAAUUAAAAAAUUAAAAAAUGGAGAAAAAAAUGUUGUUUUAAAAUUUUAUUUGAAAGACAAAUAUCCGGAAUAUGCAUUUUAUGUUGGCGAUAAAUUUUAAUAAUUUAACUCUAAAAUUGUAAAAAAUAUUAAAAACAAAAA